AAAUCUAAAACAGACAUGAUGGGAAUUCACAUUCCGUUGUUAAAACUAAGCUAACCAGGCUUUGAUUUGUUUGUGCGUUGGCUUAUGUUCUUUGUGUGUAGUGAGUGGUAUGUGUACACGCGUACAUUGCAGUGUCUGUGGACAUGCUUUCAGUUGUAACGUGUUAUUUACUACACGUUUUAUCUGUUUAUAACUUCGGUAUAUGACAUCUGAAGGAGUUAUAAUGCAGUGUUGACGUCUAACAAUGGAUACCCGCGCUUUUAACGGGACUAAAACAGAUGACUCUCCACAUCAUAAGCUAUCCGAUAAGAGGGGCUGGUACAUCAACUGGGAUGAAUAUUUUAUGGCAAUAGCCCUCGUGUCGGCUCAAAGGAGCAAAGACCCUGUCACACAGGUAGGAGCUUGUAUCGUGAACAAAGAUAAUCGUAUUGUAGGCGUCGGUUACAACGGCAUGCCUAACGGAUGUAGUGAUGAUGAUCUACCGUGGGGCAAAAGUUCAACAAAUAUUCUGGAAACAAAAAAGUUUUAUGUAUGUCAUGCCGAGAUGAACGCCAUAAUGAACAAAAUUUCAUCGAAUAUCGAAGGAUGCACGAUAUUUGUGAGUCUGUUUCCUUGCAACGAGUGUACAAAGAUUAUUAUACAGUCCGGAAUAAAGUCUGUGGUUUAUUACGACGACAAAAAUAUCCACAAAGCUGAGGCAAAGGCAUCGCAAGUGAUGCUGAAAAAGGCAAACAUCCACAUAAGGAAAUACCAACAGCAUGGAACGCCGCUGGUGUUAGGCCGACUGAAGUGCAAGCUAUGACUCAAAUAGUCAACUAGAUUGACCUAACAUUUAUAUCUUAUUAUAUUUUAUUUAAAAAUUACAUGUACUUAAUUUGAAUAAAUUAUUAUUUUUUCUUU